ACACUGUAAGACCAUAUAUAUACCGCCUCUCGCUCCUAACUAACCCUUUUGCUGCCGCCUCAUCUGAGAGAGAGAGAGAGAGAGCUGCAAGCACAGAAAGAUGGUUCAGAGGCUCACGUAUCGGAAACGGCACAGUUAUGCCACCAAAUCCAACCAGAACAGGGUCGUCAAAACCCCUGGAGGGAAGUUGGUAUAUCAGAGCACUAAGAAGAGAGCCAGUGGACCCAAGUGUCCUGUUACUGGAAAGAGAAUCCAAGGGAUUCCUCACUUGAGACCUGCUGAAUACAAGAGAUCUAGAUUGUCCAGGAACCGCAGAACUGUUAACCGUGCCUACGGUGGUGUUUUGUCUGGAAGUGCUGUUAGGGAGAGGAUCAUCCGUGCAUUCUUGAUUGAAGAGCAAAAGAUUGUGAAGAAGGUUCUGAAGAUCCAGAAGGCAAAGGAGAAGCAAGUCAAGAGCUGAUAACUUUUUCAGGGUAUAGAUAAUGCUUAGAAGAAGUUUCAAAUGCGAUAACGACAAUGAUGAAGAGACGUGGAAAAGUUUUUGUUUAGGUGCCCCAAAAUUCUGAAAGGGUGGCAUGUACUUUAAGUUUAUUCAAGACUUGUUGGGAGACUCUUAAGUUUGUCGACAAAUCGAUCUCUUGAUGUUUUGUUUUCUGUAAUCCUCAUCUUUUUGACAAUGCAUUCUUCUGGUAUCUUGCAGUUCCAUUUUGUUUUA